CUCAUGCAAAGAGUUGACAGAUGGUUUAUGACAAAAACACGAAUGCCUGAACGCACUACAGAAGAACGCAAGGUUUUCUUGUCAAAAGAUGGCCUUUAGUAGCAUUUUCAAGAAGGCGUCAAAUCUCCUUGGAUUUACAUCUCCUACCAACCUGAAGCCGCCACCUCUUGAUGGUGAGAUCAUCUACUGUAAGAACAAUGUCUGUGUACACCCGCCCGCGUCUCUUGCAGCCGAUAAAGAGGAGCACCACCAGGGGUAUCUCACACUGCGCGCAACUCAGGAUAAGGCUCUUGGUCCAACGCUUAUCCUUACAUGGAUACCCAAUUCAAACUUGAAAAAGAACACAAAAAGCAUUGAAAACAGUCCAAACCGAUCAAAUAGAAGCACACCUAAGCACAGCCCAAGAAGAAAAACCCCUAAACAAGAAUUUGCCAAGUCAGAUAACAAUGUUGCUACUCCAACUACCUGCACCACAGAUUUGUCUCCCUUGGAUUCAUGUGUUUCAAUUGGUGACGAUAAAGGUGACAAAUCUGAAGAAGGUUCAAUCAGGAAAAAGCACAGUAUUGAUAGCGUUAAUUCUGAGGAUUCUCUCACUUCAAAAGAAAAAGGUGUACUAAAUGCUCCCAGUGAAAAUAAAGGGAGAAAACUUGGAAUUGAAAAUGAGCAGUUUGAUUCGGGGACAGCCUCUAUUGGAAGAAAUAUUAAUUCUGACAAUUUUUCCCAUCAAGAUGGACAGGCAAUGUCAGAGAAUGAUAUUCAUGCUAAUAAAGUUUGUAAAAUCAAUACACAAUUAAAUAAUUUGACCAAACUGGCUUUAGCUGAUGAGGAAAUUGAUAUGACAAAACAGAAUCAUCAUUGCAGACCAAGGACUAUUUCCAAACAAAGCACUAGCUCCAACAAAUCAGUCAGUAUUGAGAUUGAUGGUGAUAACAUUUGUGUGACUACUGAAGAUCUUGAAGAUGAAGUAAUACAGGACGAUCUCAAUGAUGAAAAACAUGUUAUUGAAAUUGUUUGUACCCAAAGUAAUAGCACUCAGAACUUGUCUACUGCCAACCAAAACGGACUCAAUUGCAAUAAAUUAGGUGAGGUUCCAACUGACAACCACUGUUCUAGAUUUGGUGGGGUGAGUCCCAAUAGAACCAUCCCACCACACCCGCAAAGUUUGAACCUUUCUGGUACCUGUGACAUGCAAUACCUCUCAGCACCAGAUAUUUCUGUUACUCGUGAAAGAAAUCCGUCUGGUUCCUCCACCACCACCUCUGGGCCGGACUCCCAGCCUCCAAGCCCAUAUUCCAGCUCCCCGGAACAGUCUUCUGGUAUGUGGGAACCAGUUAUCAAUGUGGACACACCCUCUAGCCCGGAAUCACUGACUCACAAUCUGCGGUUUCCUGAAAAUUCUGUCAGCAAGAACCGAUCCAAUGAGAAGAAGACCGCAAAAGAGCAAGUGUGUGGGGUGUUUUCUGUGGAUCUAGGCCAGAUGCGAUCGUUGCGUGUAUUCUACAGCGAUCCAGAUUUCACUGCUGGACAGAUUGUCAUUGCAAGUCGCGAGAGCCAGUACAAGAUUCUACACUUCCAUCAUGGCGGGUUGGACAAACUGGCUGAAAUCUUUCAGGACUGGAGUCUCUUUGCCACAAAGCAGGAAAAAAUAGACACAGAAAAGAACUACAAGCAGUUCAUGAUAGUGAAGCCGUCGCUGACGGAGGACCAGUGUCAUCCAGAGGAGGGCGUGUACCUGACUGUGACCGAGGACAUCUGGCGUACACACAUGAUGGAUGACGGGGUCAUAGAGGACGACUACCAGAUCAGGAAGGCCAUAUUUUUUGGAGGUCUAGAGCCGUGUCUGAGACAUGAAGUGUGGCCAUUCCUGCUCCAUUAUUACUCCUUUAACUCAACUUUUGAAGAGCGGGAACAAAUAAGAAACGACAAGUACAUCCAGUACCAGAACAUCAGAAAAAAAAGGGAGUCAAUGACUGAACAAGAGGCUGAACAGUUCUGGAGAAACAUCCAGUGUACGGUGGAGAAGGACGUGGUGCGUACCGAUCGCAGUCACCCGUACUUCAAGGGAGAAAACAACCCAAACAUCGAAGUCUUGAAAAACAUCCUUCUGAACUAUGCGGUGGAGAACCCUCACUUUGGCUACACUCAGGGCAUGUCAGACCUACUGGCCCCGGUGUUGGCGGAGAUACAACACGAGGUGGACGCCUACUGGUGUUUCACGGGCCUCAUGCAGAAAACUAUCUUUGUCAGCUCCCCAAAAGAUUGCGAUAUGGACAAACAGUUGAUGUAUCUGAGAGAGCUGCUGCGUCUGAUGCAGCCCACAUUUUAUGAGCAUCUUGUUCACCUGGGAGAAGAUGCCCUGGAGUUGUUGUUUGCCCACAGGUGGAUACUGCUCUGCUUCAAGCGUGAGUUCAAUGAGAAAGCAGCGCUGCGUAUCUGGGAAUCCUGCUGGUCACACCACCAGACGGACUACUUUCACCUGUUCAUAUGCGUUGCCAUAGUAGCGAUCUACGGUGAUGACGUUGUGGAGCAGUGUCUGCCUGCAGACGAGAUUCUCCUGCACUUCAGCAGCCUGGCGUGUCACAUGAGUGGGGAACUCGUACUAAGAAAGGCUCGAGGGUUGCUCCACGAGUACCGGAGACGUCCGGUGAUCCCGUGUACACUUCACGGCCUGUGUUCCCAAUGUGGUCAGGGCAUGUGGGACUCGGGCCACGUACCCACCGUGGAAUGCAGGGGCACCCACCUACAUGGGGACUGUCCCUACCUUAGCAGUCCGGUCACUACCCCAAAACAGCAACCAGGGAUGUGAUUCUUCCUGCUGUCAGAUGAUUGACUGUUUUUGAUACUGUUUUACAUAUAGUUUGGAACUGUCUGGAUCUAUGUUGAAGUGAGAACUUGUAUGAAGCCUAUAACAAGCUAUAAAGAACUUAUUGCCUUUAAAAGUUUGUAUAUAAAAGUCACCAUUAAAAAGGAGUAACAAUAGUAUUAUAUAUAUGUGAACAAUAAUGAAGCAUAUUGAUAACUUUUAGCUUGGCUGUUUCGGAGGAAACCAGAGGUAUUGUCAUAGCCAGCUCGUCGUCCGCCGUCCGCAUCAUGCUAAAACCUUGACAUUUGUCUCUAAAAUCGAAGGGCUACCACCUUCAACUUUGAAACUUCAUAUGUAAAUACACCUUGAUGGGUUUUACACGCCACACCCCUUUUUGGGUCACUAGGUCAAAGGUCAAGGUCACAGUAACCCUAAAAAAAAAUAUUCUAAAAGCUUUCAUUUAUUCAAAAAUGCACCUGCAGCCGAGCGUUGGCACCCGUUAUGCGGUGCUCUUUUUAUGUCCCCGACCACUAUAGUGGGGGACAUAUUGUUUUUGCCCUGUCUGUUGGUUGGUUGGUUUGCGCCAACUUUAACAUUUUGCAAUAACUUUUGCUAUAUUGAAUAUAGCAACUUGAUAUUUGGCAUGCACGUGUAUCUCAUGGAGCUGCACAUUUUGAGUGGUGAAAGGUCAAGGUCAAGGUCAUCCUUCAAGGUCAAAGGUCAAAUAUAUAGUUUCAAAGCGGCGCAAAAGGGGACAUAGUGUUUCUGACAAACACAUAUCUUGUUAAAAUAUAUUCUAGAAGGUUGUUGGUUCAAUUCCUUUGUUGUGCAAGAAACACUUGUAACUCCACUUGCAUUUGACUGUCAAUUGAGAAUUGAGCUUCUAACUCUUGUACUGACUAAAGAAAUGAGCCAGUUUGCGGGAAAACCAGGCUUAAUGCAUUUGAAUAAAGUAUUGGCCCAGAUAAGACAGGGGCAACAAUGUCUCCUUUUAUGGAAUUUUCCUUUUAAAGGAUGUUCUAGUUAACAAAAAUCUGGUCUAGGUGGAAAUUCUGGUCCAAGAUUAUAUCAUUCAGAAUGCACCGCUUUUUAGCCUGACCAUUUACAUAUGAUAUUUUUAACCCGGUUUUUCGAAGAAAAAAACUGGUUAUUAGAUUGGCGAAUGUCGGCGGGCGGGCGGAACAAGCUUGUCCGGGCCAUAACUCCGUCGUUCAUUGUCAGAUUUUAAAAUCAUUUGACACAUUUGUUAACCAUCAUUAGACGGUGUGUCGCGCGAAAGAAUUACUUCGAUAUCUCCAAGGUCAAGGUUACAAUUUGAGUUUGAAGGUAAAAAAUGGCCAUAAAUGAGCUUGUCCGGGCCAUUACUUUGUGAUUCAUAGUGAGAUUUUAAAAUCAUUUGGCACAUUUGUUCACCAUCAUUAGAUGGUAUGUCCCACGAAAGAAUCACGCUGAUAUCUCCAAGGUCAAGGUCACAAUUUUAUUUGAGUUUGAAGGUCAAAAAUGGCCAUAAAUGAGCUUGUCUGGGCCAUUACUAUGUCAUUCAUUGUGACAUUUUAAAAUCAUUUGGCAUGUUUGUUCACCAUUAUUGGACGGUGUGUCGCACGAAAGAAUUACGUCAAUAUCUCCAAGGUCAAGGUCGCCACAACUAAAAAUAGAUUGAUUUUGAAACACCUAUGUAACUAUGAAAGGAUGAUAACUCAAGAACGCUUAGGCCUAGGAUCAUGAAACUUCAUAGGUACAUUAAUCAUAACUGGCAGAUGUCCUCUAUUGAUUUUCAUGUCACUAUGUCAAAGGUCAAGGUCACAGUGACUUGAAAUAGUAAAAUGGUUUCCGAAUGAUAACUCAAGAAUGCUUAAGCCUAGGAUCAUAAAACUUCAUAGGUACAUUGAUCAUGACUGGCAGAUGACCCCUAUUGAUUUGAGGUCACUAGGUCAAAGGUCAAGGUCACAGUGACUCGAAACAGUACAAUGAAUUCCAGAUUAUAACUCAAGAAUGCUUACACCUAGGAUCAUGAAACUUCAUAGGAACAUUGAUCAUGACUGGCAGAUGACCCCUCUUGAUUUUCAGGUCACUAGGUUAAACGUCAAGGUCAAAGUGACUCAAAACAGUAAAAUGGUUUUCGGAUGAUAACUCAAGAAUGCUUACGUCUAGGAUCAUGAGAUCAUGACUGGUAGAUGACCCCUCUUGAUUUUCAGGUCACUAGGUCAAAGGUCAAGGUCACAGUGACUUGAAACAGUAAAAUGGUUUCCGGAUGAUAACUCAAGAAUGCUUACGUCUAGGAUCAUGAGAUCAUGACUAGCAGAUGACCCCUCUUGAUUUUCAGGUCACUAGGUUAAACGUCAAGGUCAAAGUGACUCAAAACAGUAAAAUGGUUUCCGGAUGAUAACUCAAGAAUGCUUACGUCUAGGAUCAUGAGAUCAUGACUGGCAGAUGACCCCUAUCAAUUUUCAGGUCACUAGGUCAAAGGUCAAGGUCACAGUGACUCGAAGCAGUAAAAUGGUUUCUGGAUGAUAACUUAAGAAUAUAUAGGCCUAGGAUCAUGAAACUUCAUAGGUACAUUGAUCAUGACUGGCAGGUGACCCCUAUUGAUUUUCAGGUCACUAGGUCAAAGGUCAAGGUCACAGUGACAAAAACGUAUUCACAAAAUGGAUUCCACUACAACUGACAGCCCAUAUGGGGAGGGGGGGGGGGCAUGCAUGUUUUACAAUCAGCCCUUGUUUUCUAAUUGAAAUCAAGAUCAAUUUUUCAAAAGGGGGUUAACAAUACACAUUUUGAAUUGUCUCCCUUUAUCAGACCCUUUCAACUGAAAACCUGGUUUUGUGACAAUUUUGUCCCUUUAGUACUUUUUAGAAGUCCUGAUAUGGUUAAUUGCAUAAAAAUGUUACAUUGCAAAUAAGCUGUUUUGAUUUGAAUGAUACUUUUGCCAAGAUGAAGACAUCAUAGUAAAAUUUGUAUAUGAAAAUAUCCUUAAUAUUUUUUUAUGUUUGUCAUGCAUAACGAUGAAUGUUGUUAUAUACCAAUUGCAUUGAUGGUAAAUUUCCCAUGUGUUCAUUUUACAGUUUUCUUCAUAUGUUUGUUGUGGUAUUGUGUUGGUAUCGAAAUACUAUAUUUAGCAUAAGUAUUGGCAUGUUCAUAAGUAUACAUGUAUGGUUGCAAGUUACCAACAUCACCAGGUGAUAGCUUGGUAACUUAAUUUUAUGGCACAUGAUAUAAUGUUAAUAUUUAUUAGGUCCAAAUGUUUAUUUUAUAUCCCAAAAAUAGGGGUAAUGUACAGAUUGUUGGAAUAAUUAUUGUCAUGUUUUUUGUGAUUUAUGACAAUUUAGUAAGUGUAUUCUUGAUGUCAUUUGCAAUCUCACUUAAACCUUAAGUUCUUGUUGGUUUUAGGGUUUUGGGGUUAUGAAAUGUAAUCUAUUCAUGACUUGUGGUUGUAUUUUUUGUACAGGGUGUGUUUUUUUAAGAGGUUUAUUCUCUUAUUGUAAUUCAGUAUUUUUGAGAAUUAAAUGUUUACCUGUUUAAUGUAUAUUAAAAUAUUUGUAACUUUCUAUAUUCGCUUCAUAACUUAAUCAUGAGCAUUUUAAUCGAUAUAAUUAUUUAUUUUUAAGUAACUAUGGAGAACUUUCAAUAGAAGAAGAUACUAAGUAACCAUAUUUGAUGCUAAAACAGAUUCAUCUUCACAGAUUAUGUAACUAAGCAAAACCACAUGCAAGAUUUUGAAUGUUUAAUAACCAUGUAAGAAUCAGCUUAUAACUUUCAACAUUAAGUUCUAACUUUGACAUAUACAACUUGAACAUCUAGUCUUCGAUGUUCAACAUUGACAAAUAACUUUCAAGGCUUGACCUUUAGCGUCUAAUGUUAAAGUUCUCGACAUAUCACACUUGACAUAUGACCAUUAAGAAGUUCCAUUAUAGUUCAAAUUUUUGUUCAUAUUAAAAUUACUCAAAGUACAUUCUUUUUCAUAUGUCAACCUCAACAGAUGAUCUGUAAUAUAGUUUGGUUUGAUUAUUAGCUUGUUAUAGUAAACAUACAGUUACGAAUGUGCUCUAGAAGGAGUACUCUAUCAUAACACAGUUAUUUAUCCCCAUAGGAUAUAACAAUUAUGUCCUGAUUUGCCAAUUAAUAGUGAUCAUCUUUGCUGAACACUACUUUACCUAGAUGGUGCUCUAUCAAUAUUUAUUUUAGUUCGCGUACCAAACAAAGUUCAUGCGCUUGGCACCUUUGGGGUUUACUGAUAGUGAAAUAUCUCAGACCUAAGCAAAAUAUUUAGCUGGCUACGCAACAGAUUUGUACAGCAAUAGAGAUCUUUGCACUGCUAAAAUGUUAACAUAUGGACACAAUGCUCAGCAGAAUACUCCAAGCCAGUAUUUAUUUGUUUGUAUGUUAUUGAUAAUUUUUCUUUAAAUGUCCUUGAUUAUAAAUACUUAAAAAAAAUAGGUACAAGUUUAUUUCAAAAUACAGUCUCUUGUAAGCUUUAUAAAAAUAGAAAUAUUUUUUUAUUCAAUUGUAAGUUACCUGCUGUUAAGCGGGAAAUGUAUAGAAAUGCCAAUUGACCCUCUGAUUAUUGGUAACUACAUUGUAUACAUGUUAAAGGGAUUGACAUAAAAUCUGGCUCCCAUGUUUAGGUUAUUAAGAAACAAGGCAUACAGUUCACACAAACUCAAGUUCAAUCACACCGCCAAGAUGAAAAUGUUGAGUAUUUUUGCUGGUCUUUUUUGCAUCACCUUUGUUGUGUCACUUUAAGGAUUUUCGUAAAAUUUGGCUAGAACAUUUUUUAGCUCUACUGCCAAAGGCAGAAGAGCUUAUGGGAUGGCAUGGUGUCUGUGUGUGUGUGCAUGCGUUAGACUUUUCUUGUUUAUCCGAUAACGUCCACAGUUUUCAUCCGAUUCUUUUCAAACUUGUUCAGUGUCUUUAUAUUAAUGAGGACUUGAACCCUAUUGAUUUUCAGGUCACUGGGUCAAAGGUCAAGGUCACAGUGACUCGAAAUAGUAAAAUGGUUUCCGGAUGAUAACUCAAGAAUGCUUUGGCCUAGGAUCAUGAAACUUCAUAGGUCCAUUGAUCAUGACUGGCUGAUGACCCCUUUUUAUUUUCAGGUCACUAGGUCAAAGGUCAAGGUCACAGUGACCAUAAAUAGUAAAAUGGUUACUUUUUCCUGUUUAUCCGAUAAAGUCCACAGUUUUCAUCUGAUUCUUUUCAAACUUGUUCAGCGUCUUUAUAUUAAUGAGGACUCGAACCCUAUUGAUUUUCAGGUCACUGGGUCAAAGGUCAAGGUCACAGUGACUCGAAAUAGUAAAAUGGUUUCCAGAUGUUAACUCAAGAAUGCUUAGGCCUAGGAUCAUGAAACUUCAUAGGCACAUUGAUCCUGACUGGCUUAUGACCCCUAUUGUUUUUCAGGUCACUAGGUCAAAGGUCAAGGCAACAGUGACUCGAAAUAGUAAAAUGGUUACUUUUUCUUGUUUAUCCGAUGAAGUCCACAGUUUUCAUCCAAGUCUUUUGAAACUUGUUCAGUGUCUUUAUAUUAAUGAGGACUCGAACCCUAUUGAUUUUCAGGUUACUGGGUCAAAGGUCAUGGUCACAGUGACUCCAAAUAGUAAAAUUGUUACUUUUUCUUGUUUAUCCGAUGAAGUCCACAGUUUUCAUCCGAUUCUGUUCAAACUUGUUCAGUGUCUUUAUAUUAAUGAGGACUCGAACCCUAUUGAUUUUCAGGUUACUGGGUCAAAGGUCAAGGUCACAGUGACUCGAAAUAGUAAAAUGGUUUCCGGAUGAUAACUCAACAAUGCUUAGGGACUAGGAUCAUGAAACUUCAUAGUUACAUUUAUCAUGACUUGCAGUUGACCCCUAUUGAUUUUCAGGUCACAAGGUCAAAGGUAAAGGUCAGUGACUCGAAACAGUAAAAGGGUUUCUGGAUGAGAACUCAAGAAUGCUUACGCCUAGGAUCAUGAAACUUCAUAGGUACAUUGAUCAUGACUGGCAUAUGACCCCUAUUAAUUUUCAGGUCAAACGUCAAUCACAGUGACUCAAAACAGUGAAAUGGUUUCCGGAUGAUAACUCAAGAAUAAUAAGGUUAGGAUCAUGAAACUUUAUAGGUACAUUGAUCAUGACUGGCAGAUGACCCCUAUUAAUUUUCAGGUCACUAGGUCAAAGGUCAAGGUCACAGUGACAAUAAACGUAUUCAUACAAUGCUGCCACUACAACUGACAGCCCAUAUGGGGCAUGUUUAACAUACAGCCCUUGUUUAAAAAGAGCAAUAUCACAGCAAUAAGUCCAGCAUAACUUCCCCUUGAAUAUGAGAAAAUUUUGAAAUCCUGCUUGUUUACGCAAUUAAUUCCACAGUUUUCAUCCAAUUAUUUCCAUAUUUGCACAGUAUCUUUAUAUCAAUGAGGACUUGAACCCUAUUGAAUAUGAGCAGUAUCAGAGAAAUAAGUACACAAUAAUCUCCCCUUGAAUUUGAGAAAAUUCUCCUUGUUUGCGCGAUUAAGUACACAGUUUCCCUCUUAUUCUUUCCAAACUUGCAUAGUGUUUAUAGCAGUAGAGCAAUUCAGGCCCUCAUGGGCCUCUUGUUUGGUAAAUGCAAAGUCAAGAUAUUUAUGAAAUGUAUAGAUAAGAAGUAAUGGUUGUGUGCAUGAGCUUUCUCAAGAUAAAUGUGUAUACUGCUGUACAUGUAUUGUUUAAUUUUAGCUGUUAAAGGGAUCUUUUCACGGUUUGGUAAAUUGACAAAAUUGAAAAAAGUUGUUUCAGAUUCGCAAAUUUUCGUUUUAGUUAUGAUUUUUGUGAAGAAACAGUAUAACUGAACAUUUGCCAUGGUCUAAUAUAGCCAUUAUAUGCAUCUUUUGACGAUUUAAAAACCUAAAAAUUAUAAAGUUUAAAUUUGUGAAACUAUGAAGAUUGCUUAUAUAACGUAUAAAAUAAGCAUCUUAUGUAUGCUUGGCAAGAUAGCUCAGUUGGCUAAUGCGUUUUUACUUCAGGAUUCCGGGGUUCACUGGUUCGAGCCCUGCAGCAGGCUGCUUUUUUUUCCUUUUUUUAAAUUUUAUUUUUGAUUUUUUGCUGGAGCUUUAAAAAAAAUUAUGUUUACAUUUAUCAAUAUAAAGCAUUUAAUGACAAACUUCAAAACAUGCCAAAAUCUGUGAAAAGGCCCCUUUAAUACAAUCAAGGUUUUAGGAUUAAGGAUAGUAAAAUAUCAUAUAAAAAUAACUGUCAUUUUCCUUGUACACAAUAACAUUUGCACUAUCCCUGUGGUUUUGGUUAUGGCUUUACUAUAUAUGGAGAAUAUAACUUUAAAUGCUCGUUGAGAUUGUCUUCCAAUGCAUGCAAUCAAAACUGAUUACCGCUUCAUUAUUGAAUGCUAGUUUCAGCAUCUGUUUAAUUGAAUAAAUUGAAAACAUGGCCUAAAUUGUAUACAUGUACUAAUAAAACAAUGGACUUUACACCCUUUUUGUAUACAGCUCUCAUAGUGGCUUAAUUUGGUAGGUUCCAAAUAAUAACCACUGGAUUUUAGCCGAAUUUGGUUUAGUAAGUGUCGGUUGUUAAAUCUUUGAUGAAAACGAAUCAGUCAUUGAAAUUAAAUGUUAUGUUUAAUUGCACAUUUGACGUAUGGUUGCAAGUGCCUGGAAACUGAAGACACAUAUAUUGUACAUUGUCUAAAUAUACAGUAUGUCAUAAAUAUUGUGUUCAUUUGCUGUAUUAAAAAAAAAAUGCAUUCAAUUUACUAUAUUUUUACUGUGAAAACAUGACUAUCAUUUCCAUUUGAAGACAUUCCUAUUUCUGUGUUACAGUGUAGUGUAUUAUGAAAUCAUUAUUUGCUAAAUGUUUGGGUACAUUGCAGUUACUGCAUAAUAACAUAAUUUGUAAUAUAAAAAUGUUCGCUUAUAUUUUCUUGUUAGAAUGAGAUUCAUGGUCAAUAUUGUUUCUUUUAUCAUUUAGAUUGUCCACUAAUUUCUGGUGCUUAUGUUUUUGCAUUUUAUCCUUAUACAUUCUUAGUAUUGUUUGACAAAAGUUGUUUUCACUUUGUCCUAAAAAAACAAUGUUCAUCAGUAUGAUAUUUAUGUUGAAAUUCUCAAAGUAAAGUUUGUAUAAUUUUGUGUGAAGCAAAAUUGUUAUGGGAUGUAGGAUUAUUCUUCAUCAAUUAACAUUUUAUGACUUGCAUCAUUUUAAAAUGGGUCCUAUGACCUAUCUAGCUAGUGUAAUCUCGUGCUUUUGUGCAGUCUUGUCAUGAGCUACCAUGCCAGCUAUAAAGUCAAGCACAGUUUCUUGGACUCAUUAGUGGACAGAGAACUUUUAUUACUCUAUUACUCUUUUACACUCUAAUUUUCUGGAACACUUUUUUAGCAAAAAUAAUUAUUUUUGGUGACUCUUUAUUUUCGGACAUACAGGUUUUCGUAUAUCAUUAAUGACACUAAAUUUUUCGGACAGAAUAUUUACAGCGCAAUUUAACCAGAUUUUGGCCCUGUUUUCGCUUAUCUUGUGACCCUUCAAUCAUGGAUUUUUACAAGAUUAAUGUUAUUAUGUCCCCCACUAUAGUAGUGGGGGACAUAUUGUUUUUGCCCUGUCUGUCUGUUGGUCUGUUGGUCUGUCUGUCUGUUUGCGCCAACUUUAACAUUUUGCAAUAACUUUUGCUAUAUUGAAGAUAGCAACUUCAUAUUUGGCAUGCAUGUGUAUCUCAUGAAGCUGCACAUUUUGAGUGGUGAAAGGUCAAGGUCAUCCUUCAAGGUCAGAGGUCAAAUAUAUGUGGCCAAAAUCGCUCAUUUUAUGAAUACUUUUGCAAUAUUGAAGAUAGCAACUUGAUAUUUGGCAUGCAUGUGUAUCUCAUGGAGCUGCACAUUUUGAGUGGUGAAAGGUCAAGGUCAAGGUCAUCCUUCAAGGUCAGAGGUCAAUUAUAUGUGGCCAAAAUCGCUCAUUUUAUGAAUACUUUUGCAAUAUUGAAGAUAGCAACUUGAUAUUUGGCAUGCAUGUGCAUCUCAUGGAGCUGCUCGUUUUGAGUGGUGAAAGGUCAAGGUCAAGGUCAUCCUUCAAGGUCAGAGGUCAAAUAUAUGUGGCCCAAAUCGCUUAUUUUAUGAAUACUUUUGCAAUAUUGAAGAUAGCAACUUGAUAUUUGGCAUGCAUGUGUAUCUCAUGGAGCUGCACAUUUUGAGUGGUGAAAGGUCGAGUGGUGAAAGGUCAAGGUCAAGGUCAUCCUUCAAGGUCAGAGGUCAAAUAUAUGUGGCCCAAAUCGCUUAUUUUAUGAAUACUUUUGCAAUAUUGAAGAUAGCAACUUGAUAUUUGGCAUGCAUGUGUAUCUCAUGGAGCUGCACAUUUUGAGUGGUGAAAGGUCAAGGUAAUCCUUCACAAGGUCAAGGUCAUCCUUCAAUGUCAAACAUCAUAUAGGGGGACAUUGUGUUUCACAAACACAUCUUGUUAAACCUGGCACAGAUGCAUGCCUGAGGUCAAUGACCAUAAUAUUUGCGUAAUUGGGUGAAUAACCAUUUAUACCAGUAGAAAACAAUCGAUUCACUCAAUAGCAUAUGAAAUGAUAUCGUCCUAUUACGGAAGCAGUAUGUUUAAUGUUUUUACUUGUUUUUGUUCUGUAUCAUUUCAAGCAGGACUUAGCAAAGCUGUAAAUAUGUAUUUAAUUAAAAUGUAGAAAAAGAAGAGUAAAUCACAAUACAAGUAUUGUGCAAUGAUUGACUUGUUGCUUUUAUCUCAACAUAAUUAUGAUUUUUGGAAACUUAAUUUUUGUCUCAUAAUUUUCGAACACCUGUAAUUUUUUUAUAUUUUCCAUAUCUAAAUUUUCGGACAUGAAUUUGUUUAGUAUUUGUAAGUGUCCAAAAACUUAGAGUAGUUACUGGAAUAGCAUGACAGCAUACGGCAUAAGGACUGUUUUCGUAUGACGUAGGUCAUACGGAAAGGGAAUAAGAAAGUAGUGUUAUAAUUGCCAAUAUUGUGUUUGUUAACUCUGUAACGUACUUAAUAUGUGAUGUGUGUUAGAAAUAAAUUAUAUGACAAAUUUUUCAAAACAGUUAAUCAUAGCAUAGAUAGUAAGGGUAAUGUAUAUCAUAUACAAUCUGUCUUGUACACAUAGUACAAAAAAACUGAUGAUAUAUAUAUAUACACUGACUUUUAUGUUCUCUUUAUGCAUAGAUUGAUGCCUUUAAGUCAGGUGAAUAGUUACAUAAAAAAACCUGUGAUGUUAGUACUCAUUUUAAAUACUAGUAACACAUUAACAUUAUACAUUAGUGGGAAACAUUUCCAAAGAUUAAACUUGAUUUCUGUACCAAAGCUAAGAUAGUCAUUGUAAUAAAAUUUUCAUUUCUUUAUUGCUUGCCAUGUUAAUAGCAAAUACAUCAGUGCAAUAAAAUCAGAAAUCACACAAUAUGGAACAUGUCAGACAAGAAAAUAUUUUCAUACAAAGGGUGUCACAAAACACAAUAUAAUGUAAAAAAACAAAACUUUUCAUUAAAACAGCAAGGUAUAAGUUUUUUUGCAAGCAAUAUUUAUGAUAAAACUUGUCAGAUGUUUACCUGCUAUUGUGAUAUACACGACAGGGUUUGUGCAAUAAAAUCUCAUUCCAAUUUCAAAUAAAAUGAUCAAUGUGUACAUGAAACUAAUUGUGGCAUGUUAAAAUUGACUUGUUUCUUGUAUGUUUUGUUUAGUGUAUACUUCGUGUUGUUUUUUCUCUCUAUAUACUGUUUAUGGAUAUUAUAUUCAUUUAUAUCAUUAAAUAUUCAAAUAAAGAGAUCACUCAUGUUGGAUUUUGGAACAAUCAUUUGCACAUUACAUGUGUUAUGUAUAAAUGUCAUUUGUGUAGUCAGCCUUUUAACACAACAGGCAUUGUUUUACUGCCUCAUAAAGAUUCAUCUCAAUUCAUGCUAUUAUUGGAUAAUAUUGAUAUUUAAAUUUUUGUCACUGUUAAAAUCAUGAACACAGUAAAACCUUUCCCUGCUUUUAUUUUCUUAACAUUGUUAAACCGUUUUUCAUAAUUUUUUAGUUUGGCUGUUUUCGGAGAAAACCCGAGGUAUUGUCAUAGCCAGCUCGUCGUGUCGUCCGCCUUCCGCCGGCUUCGUGCUAAAACUUAGACAUUUUGCUCUAAAAUCAAAGUGCAUCCACCUUCAACUUUGAAACUUCAUAUGUAGAUGCACCUUGAUGAGUUCUACACGCCACCCCCAUUUUUGGGUCACUAUCUCAAAUUUCAAGGUCACUGUGACUUCUAAAAAAACAACAAAUUCUGACAAGCUUUCAUUUAUUCAAAAAUGCACCCACAGCCGAGCGUUGGCACCCGUUAUGCGGUGCUCUUGUUUAGAUUUCUGUUCUGUUAAAAAAAUAUAAUAUAAUAUGUUUUUUGAUGUAUUAUUAAAAAUUUCUUAAUGAAAAGUUACACAUUAAUUGUGUGCUAUGAAGCCAGUGUGUUAUGUACUAUACAUGUAUUUCAUGAACAUUUUGGUGGAAAGUGGUUAUUAUUGUCAAUAUAGUUUAACCAGAUUGUAUCUAUACGCAGCUCAUACUAGAUUUAUUCAACUCUGUAGUAAAAAUGUAUCAUAGUCUUAUAUAUUGAAAGAGUUCUUCUAUGCUUAUGUUAAUGUUAUAUUCUAUCUUUACAUAUAUUUGUCUUUCAGUUUUGUUGUGUGAGAUUUUUGUUAAGUUGCACAAUAUUGUAUAUUCAAUUUUAGUUUACUUAUAUCAUUGUCAGCAACAGAUGUUUAUCAAUUCAGUAUAACUAUUCAUAAUUAUAAUCAUGGAAUAUUUGAAAUUUGUUAACAUUAAAUGAUUGUUGGACAUGAGAGUUCCUCAUUUGAGUAAAGCAAGAAGCAUAUUGCCAUUAAAUGAUUGUUGGUUAUGAGAGUCCCUCAUUAGAGUAAAGCAAGAAGCAUAUUGCCAUUAAAUGAUUAUUGAUCAUGA